AGUUUUAUCCAUAUCAUAUUGGGCCACAACCAUCAUUGGCCAUUCGCGCUCGACUUCUACCUUCUCGAUUUUCCUUGGUUGAGUGAGAUCCUGAUAUACUUAAUUAAACAAAACAAAACAAAAACCAACUCUUUUUCGCACGGCCAUAGAAAAUGGUCGAAAUACCAAGCAAGAGACUUUGAAGGCAUUGUGCGACAGUGUUAAUCUAAACUUACACACGACACGAGACCUCAGAUGAUGACUUUUCGACUCUCGUGAGAAUUUUUUUUUUCUUCUAGAAUCUCGUAGAAGAGACAGAGUGGAUGACACUGAAGCUCUGAACCAACCCAAAAACAAAACAGAAAGAAAAGAAAGACUGAAGCUUUGGAAAGGCGGCAAAGAAAUGGUACAGAUUCUUCAAACAUCACCAGUGCUCCUUCUAUGUUGUUCCUCUUCUCCUCCCAAUCCCAGGGGAAUGGGAGGAAAAAUGAUGUUCAAGUGCUCUUCUGAGCACACUAUAUUAAGUAAGCUUGUGACCAAACAUGUAAUAUCUGGGAUUGCUGCUUCCUUAAUAUUUCUCUCUCAGACAAACCAGGCUAUUGCUGCAAAUCCAUCUCAUCAACCCAAUAUAUGCCAGCUUGCUAGUGCCCCAGAUGGUACACCAACUCUUCCACUUGCUGAGGGUUCUGAUGAAAGAAGUGGGAAGCGAAUGAUGAUGAGAGCUAUGACAGCCAAGGAUUUUGACCCUGUUAGAUAUUCUGGAAGAUGGUUUGAAGUUGCUUCACUUAAAGGUGGAUUUGCCGGAUCAGGUCAGGAAGACUGUCACUGUACUCAGGGUUUAUAUAGGUUUGAUAUGGAGAUACCCUCUAUCCAGGUUGAUACCUUUUGUGUUCAUGGGGGCCCCAAUGGAUAUAUUACUGGCAUUAAGGGAAACGUUCAAUGCCUUUCAGAGGAAGAUUUGGAGAAAGAUGAGACUCAGCUAGAAAGGCAGGAGAUGAUAAAAGAGAAAUGUUAUCUCCGAUUUCCAACUCUACCGUUUAUCCCCAAGGAGCCUUAUGACGUGAUUGCUACAGAUUAUGAAAAUUUUGCUCUUGUUUCGGGAGCAAAAGACAGAAGUUUUAUUCAGAUCUACUCAAGGUCACCUGACCCGGGACCUGCAUUCAUAGAGAAGUACAAAGCUUAUCUGGCAAACUUUGGGUAUGAUUCAAGCAAAAUCAAAGAUACUCCACAAGAUUGUGAAGUAAUGUCAACUAGUCAGUUAGCUGCAAUGAUGUCCAUGCCUGGAAUGCAACAGGCUCUAAUGAACCGAUUUCCUGAUCUAGGAUUGAAGGCCGCUGUCGAAUUUAAUCCAUUUUCAAGUGUAUUUGAUACUUUGAAGAAGCUCUUAGAGCUUUAUUUUAAGUAGUUAUUGUGUCCUAUAGAUUGUGGUGUGGUUUUGUAACUUAUAUAGAGCAACAGAAUAUACCAGAUUAUUUUGCUUAUCAAUGGUAAUUGUUCAUUGCGUUAUAGAGA